AUGAUUGCCCGCGAGGGUGGUAACCCGUUCCCAGCGGCAGUCGCACUCGCUCACCCUCCCGCGCUGACGAGCGCAACUGCAGCGCGUCCCCGGGCGACGCGGACCGACUCCGGGCGGCUAGUGGCACUGAUCGACCGUAAGCGGACGACUUCCCAGGCAAAGAAGGUCGCCUGCGCAGAACGCUAUCUCGAUAUAUCUCCAUGGGAAUUGCGCAUCGCUUAG